AUCAACCCAUCCACAAAAGCGUUCUAUUCUGUUCGGUCCCUUGACAUUUCCAACCAAGCAACACAAAAAGAGCAAUACAAACACUACAAAAACACAAACACACAGUAACCAUGAUGUCCUCUAUAAGAAUUUUCCGUGUCUCCAACGGCCUGCAGCGACGUGCCUUGUCAUCCGUGGCAGCACGCAGCAGUGGCGACUACACCAAGCAAGACGUCUUGAACUUGUUGAAUCAGAGAUCACAAGAACGCAAUGACUUGGCGUACUCGACGGCCUUUGGAGAUGACACGGCGUUUUCCUUGUCCAGUAUGGUGGAACCAUCGGCGUUGAUGCGCGAACAACUGAGGUUCAGUCAAGAUCAACUGCUUCAUUCUACCGUACAAGCACAAGCGUCUCUAGACACUAUGGCACUCCCCAAGACACUGGAGGAUGUCGUCCGACAAAAGAGUCGCGCCAUUGUGGUGACCGAGACGGAAAAACCCUUUCGCGUGGUCGAUGUCAAUGAAUGUUGGGAAGGAUUGUGUGGAUACUCGUUUCGGGAAGCACAUGGCAAGACAUUGGGGAGUUUGCUCAAUGGACCCGCCACCAAUCAAGUCGCCGCCACGGGGCUCAUUGCGCACUUGUUGGCAGGCGAAGAAGCGGGCGCGGUUCUCGUCAAUUACAAAAAGGACGGACAAGAGUUUUGCAAUCGCAUUCGCGUUGGACCCAUUUACGAUGGGGACAAUAAGAUUACCCAUUUUGUGGGUGUGCUGGAGGAACUACCACAACAACAACAACAGCAACGACUCAUGAACAUGAUGUAA